GUGACCGGGAGAGGCGCGAGGCGUGCACUAACCGGACCACUGAAUCUGAGAGGCCAUUUUCGCCCUGACCGAGCCACGUUCAGCAUUUGAAAAUUGUUUUGCGAUUAUUGUACAGCCUCCAUUUCGACGCGCAAACUGUCAAGCGCAGAUCAUGUGAUUGCGAGGAUGUGGGCUUGUCUUGUCGUCCGGAUCUGUCCGUAACCUACAGACGGUACCAAAGCCAGAACGCGAGGUUGGGAUUGAUGCAGCAGUGUUUGGAUGGCUAGUCACGAAUGUAGGGCUUACACGUCUCUUUGAAAUAUAUUGCUUGGAUAGAAUGUAACAGGCUAUAUGUAAACACCUCAUGGGACAGACAGAUGCAAUAUUGUUAUAGGUUGAGAGAACUGAACACCGUCAGCGUUGACACGCACAUCACCAUCCGCUUCAUCUAGUGCGGUUAUUGAAUCGUGUCUCUCCUCUUUUCACUCCUACUCUCUUCUUCCUCUUCUUCUCUCCUUUCUUUCAGCAUCACUGACAGAGGCUGCUGAUGCUGCCGUAGCUCGUGAAAAUAUUCUCCGUAGCAAAGUACCGGGACAGUGCUGUGUGUAAUUUAUGCCGGGCUAGAUGCUGUGAAUCAUCUCGCAGGAUUGUGAUUUGGGUUAAGGGAGGGAAGUCAUCAUAGACAUUGUGUUUCGUUUGCUCCGGUUUGAUCCUGUCGCUGUCGUCUACAUUUCUUAGGAAAUUGGAGGCAUACCCUAUUGCAGUCACUGCUGUUCUGUAAGCUAUUGGUAGGCCCCAAAAAAAUGUAUAUCGAUUUUAAAUGUGAUAAUUCGUGAAAUGUCAUGUGUAAUAUCCGAAUGACAAUCUGAUAUUUGCUGUGUUUUUUCAAGGAGGUAUUCCGGGGACGUACGCAAGUGACACGUGCCAAGAGCGAUGUGUCUGACAGACGGGCAUUCGUAGCCUACGAGAGAGGUGGGAGGGAAUUAUUUCUCACAUACACUAGUUCAGGAGUCGCCAAGUUCUCAGAGUUAUCACUUAGUCGAAACGUAGGAGCGAGCUUGCAGAUAAACGUUUUGACUAUCCAGUUUAUGCACCAGCAUCGGGAUGCGACGUCAUGAGUUGAAUAUGCUGUCCAGAUGUUGCCUUUGAUGUGAUUCGUUCAAUCUAGGCUAGGCCUACUGUUGGGUGCUUUUUACAGCAGAAAUAACUACUGUCUACCUAAUUUAAUAAGCAUAUCUAGGCUACUUCAUAAUACCCGGACUGGGAUACAACACAAACUGUGCUACAAUGAUACCCGGAUCGGCCGCAUCGAUGCUCCCUUCCAUGUCGUCAGAUGACAUUAAACUAUACCAGCAUAACUACGUCCGCAACUCCCGUGCCAUCGGACUCCUGUGGGCCAUUUUCACCAUCCUGUUCGCCAUCUUGAACGUGGUGAUCUUCAGCCAGCCCUAUUGGAUCGGAGACGGCGUGGACACCCCUCAGGCCGGCUACUUCGGCCUCUUCCACUUCUGCACCGGCGACGGAAUCCAAAGAGAGCUCGACUGCACAGGGACCUUCACAGAGUUCGCUCAGAUCCCUUCCACCGCGUUCAAGGCCGCAUCUUUCUUCGUCGGGAUGUCGAUGAUGUUGGUCAUGGCUUGCAUCGCUUCCUUCACUCUCUUCUUCCUGUUCUCCACCACCACCGUCUAUAAGAUCUGCGGCUGGAUGCAGGGGGCCUCGGGUGUAUGUCUGGUGAUGGGCUGUAUAAUAUACCCUGACGGCUGGGACAGUGACGAGGUGCGGAGGAUGUGUGGGGAGCAGACGGACAAGUACAGCCUGGGAGCGUGUUCCAUGCGCUGGGCUUACAUCCUGGCUAUCAUGGGGGUUCUGAAUGCCCUCAUGCUCUCCUUCCUGGCUUUUGUACUGGGCAACAGGCAGGACGGACUCAUGACCGAGGAGCUACUGGCCGAGAGCAAGGAAGCUGGGAAUGCCUAAAACAACCCAUAGGUGUCUGUGUUUCCUUGUGUGUAUGUGUAACUUUCAUCAUCACGCUCCAGAGUUUUACCCAUCACCCCCAGAAGAGGAUGACACUGGCACACCAUGGCUGUGAGAGAGAGUAGAGAGAGAUCGAGAGGAGAAGAGAGUAAAAGAGAAAGAGAGGUGGACAAUGAGUGAGCGAAACAGACAGGAGAGAGAAAAAAGCUAUGAAGCCAGAUGCCUCCCAUUCAUUCACACUGUGUUCUAGUUCUCACCUUCUAGUCUAUAGUGGAUCUGCUCACAGUCCUACAGUCUCUCCACACUAUUCCACUAUCACUGAACCCCUAGGAACCCCAGCAGAGACAAGACAAUCUUCACACAGCCAAUCAUCGACCAAGACAGGGACAGAGACUUUGACUGACCAACAGAAGACGUAUGGAUUAUCUGCAAGAAUAUGGAUGAAAAACUGGGUUGAAGUAUUGUUCUUGUUAUCACAUAUUGUAGUGAGAAAAAAACAGUCACACUCAGACACACACACACUCAGACACGCACACACUCAGACACACACACACACACACACACAGACACACUCACAGACACACACACACACACAGACACACACACACUAUCACACUCAUGUAGACAGUCACAUUUGAACACCUACAGUGCAUUGGGAAAGUAUUCAGACCCCCUCCCUUCCCACAUUUUGUUACGUUACAGCCUUAUGCUAAAAUUGAUUCAAUUGUUUUUUUUCCCUCAUCAAUCUACACACAAUACCCCAU